AUGUCCGCCCGUAUGCUCUCGGUCGCUGCGCCGCUGCGAGCAUUGUCCGGCUCGCUCGGGCCCUGGCGCAUCCUGCCCGCCGCACUACUGCAGCCCAUUUCCCUCCAGAUCCCCUCGCUGGCCGACAUCUGGGACUCGGUCCUCCGCGCUGUGCCGAAGAAGAAGACAUCCCACAUGAAGAAACGUCACCGACAGAUGGCAGGCAAGGCCUUGAAGGAUGUCAAGAGCUUGAACACCUGCCCGGGCUGUGGUUCGAUCAAACGCGCCCACCUCCUGUGUCCUCACUGCGUCAAGGGUAUGCAUCUGUGCUCGCUAAACGGGCAGGAAAGCAUCAAUACUAAUGAAUGGCUCGUACAGAGAUCAAGCAGUCGUGGAAACAAGCCGCCUAAGAUAUGA